UCUUGGAAAAUACACUCGCCAUUCUCUGAUGCCCUCGUUAGGAUUAGUCGAUUAUGUUCUGUUGCCCGUCGUUACUAGUCGAAGUCUUGGUACAUACAGGUCAAGGUCGGGAUGAGGUUUCCCGCUCUCGUUUUCCUGCUGUUAUUGUGCAGGUUUUACUCGCCAUUCUCUGAUGCAACUGACACCAUCAAACCAGGCGAAUCGAUCAGUGGCCAGAGGACCAUCUUCUCUGCCGGCGGGGAAUAUGAAUUAGGAUUCUUCUCUCCAGGGAGCUCAAAGGGUUACUACGUCGGGAUAUGGUACAGAAAAAUUUCAGUUCGGACGAUAGUGUGGGUUGCCAACCGAGAGUACCCACCCUUCAGUUCUUCAAGUUAUCUUACCAUCAACAACGAGGGCAAUCUUGUAGUUGUGGACGGGCGGAUGUCUAUCACGGUGACCUCGAUAUCGAUAUCAUCUCCCGUCAAUACGAGUACUGCCACCGCCACGUUGUUGGAUUCAGGUAAUCUAAUACUCAAGGACGAGAACUCACAUAUCUUGUGGCAGAGCUUCGAUUAUCCUUCCCAUACUUUACUUCCUGGAAUGAGGCUUGGUCACAACGUAAAGACCGGGCAUAAGUGGUCGUUGACUUCGUGGAGGGGUACAACAGAUCCUGGUCCUGGAGAUUACUCUGUGGAACUCGAUCCUGAAAACUGGAGGCAGUUUUCCAUCUUUAGGGGAUCGCAAAGGUACUGGACUAGUGGGACUUGGGACGGGCUCAUGUUUAGCAUGAUGCCUGAAAUGAGACUAAACUACAUCUAUAAUUUCAGCUUUGUUUCCAACGAGAACGAGACCUACUUAACCUAUUCUUUGUACGUUGGCUCUAUCAUAUCCAGAUUGGUGAUGGAUCUGAAUGGGCAGAUCAGGCAAUUCUCGUGGCUGGAAGACACGCAACAGUGGAAUUUGUUUUGGUCUCAACCGAGGCCCCAGUGUGAUGUUAAAUCUCUAUGCGGGCCUUUCGGGAGCUGCAAUGAGCAGGCCAUGGCAACAUGUCAAUGUCUGCAAGGCUUCAAACCAGUUUCUUCGGAGGACAGGAAUCUGAGAACUUAUAAUUCAGGUGGGUGCGUGCGGCAAUCCCCUUUGCGAUGUGAGACUUCUAAUCCGGAAAUGUUGGAGGAGGACAGGUUCUUGCAGAUGGAUAACGUGGUGAGGUUUCCUGAAAAUAAUCAAUCUUCUGCAGUCGGGAGUGCUGACAAGUGUAGAUCAUUCUGCUUGAAUAAUUGUUCUUGCAAUGCCUAUACUUAUAUCAGUGGCCUCUGUUUUGUGUGGUACGGGAAUCUCUCGAAUCUGCAACAACUACCAGAAGGUCAAAGCGCUGAACAGAUCCUCUAUCUCCGACUUUCUGCUUCUGAGCUUCCACAACCUAGAGGAAAAAAGAUCCUUUUGGGUGCAAGUAUAGCAGGGGGCGUAGCAGUUGUAGUGCUUCUGUUCAGCUUCUACUUUUGUUGCCAAUGGAGGAGAAGACUCAAAGGAAAAGAAGGGCAAACGGGCCAGAAUUUGUUAUUGUUUAAUUUCGAUAGUAGCUUUGCUACUAUAGGCGAACACCGUGAUGAAUCUAACUUCAGGGCAUCUGAGAGUAAGGAUGUUGAAUUGCCACUGUUCAGUUUUUCAAGUGUAUCCGUUGCAACAGAUGGCUUCUCCGCUGCAAAUAAGCUCGGAGAAGGUGGUUUUGGUCCUGUUUACAAGGGUAAAUUACUCAAGGGACAGGAAAUAGCAGUGAAAAGGCUUUCAAGAAGAUCUGGACAAGGGUUGGAGGAGUUAAAAAAUGAAACCAUGCUUAUUGCAAAACUCCAACACAGAAAUCUUGUUAGACUCUUGGGCUGCUGCAUUGAGGGAGAGGAAAAAAUACUGAUCUACGAGUAUAUGCCCAAUAAAAGCCUGGAUGUUUUCCUAUUUGAUCCAAACAAAUGUGAGGUAUUAGAUUGGGGAAAACGUGCCCGAGUCAUUGAAGGAACAGCUCAAGGACUUCUUUAUCUUCACCAUUAUUCCAGAUUACGAAUUAUUCAUAGAGAUCUGAAGGCUAGCAACAUUCUUCUGGACAGUGGCAUGAACCCCAAAAUUUCGGAUUUUGGCAUGGCAAGGAUUUUUGGAGAAAACAAGUCAGUAGAAAAUACAAAUCGGAUUGUAGGGACUUACGGUUACAUGUCCCCUGAAUAUGCCACUGAAGGCCUUUUCUCUAUAAAAUCCGAUGUCUUUAGCUUUGGAGUUCUGAUGCUAGAGAUUUUGAGUGGCAAGAAGAACACUGGGUUUUAUAAUUCUGACUCUCUCAAUCUUCUUGGAUAUGCAUGGGAGCUAUGGAGAAGUGAGAGAGGAUUGGAACUAAUAGAUCCAAUGUUGGGCAACCCACCAUCUAUGUCUCUGUCAUUGAGAUACAUCAAUGUGGCUCUACUGUGUGUCCAAGAAACUGCGGCUGAUAGACCGACAAUGUCAGACGUCGUCUUGAUGCUCAGCAACGAGCUUGUAGCUCUACCUUCGCCUAAACAACCUGCUAACUCUACUGCCAGAAGUCUGACAGUAGUAAACUCCGAUGCUAGCAGGCCUGGAAUUUGUUCAAUAAAUAAUGUCACGGUCUCAAUGAUUGAAGGCCGCAUGAAAACUGUCCCACCUGGUCUGGAGCUAUGCGGAAUGCAUUACAGGCAAAGAAUAAGUUUGCUUUUGUUGAUGGAACGCUGGAACGACCUGAAUCUUCCACGACAAAAGAACAAAUUUGGGACAAAUGCAAUUCCAUGUUUACCCAUCCCCCUCUCUAACACCAUUGCUACAACUCCCUUACCAGUUGAACCCACCGCUUACUCUCAUGCUGCACGUGACCCUAAUUGGUGCAAAGCCAUGGAAAUUGAGAUUGAUGCAUUGGAGCGUAACCAAACAUGGCUCAUUAUGGACUUACCACCUGGAAAGAAACCAAUAGGAUCCAAAUGGGUGUAUAAAUUGAAAUUCCGUGCUGAUGGAACCAUUGAACGCUAUAAGACAGAUAAGAUCUCAAAAUCAAAAGACCCGUUCAUGGGGUGCUCUGUUCUUUCAUUGUUUCCGUUCUUCAUCUUGUCCUCAUCGCUUUUGCUAACUUGCGUCACUGGAAACGAUAGGAUUAAAUCAGGGGAAAUGAUAACCGAGAACCAGAUUUUAGUCUCGGCUGGAGAUACCUUCGCCUUAGGCUUCUUCCGUCCUGGCAAUUCUACCAAGCGGUAUCUCGGUAUAUGGUACCAUAACAUUCCCGUACAGACAGUCGUUUGGGUUGCUAACAGGGAAAAACCCCUUACAAAGAAAUCUUCCGGGAGUUUUACGGUCAACGACGAUGGGAAUAUUGUUGUUUUGGAUGGAAAGGGAAACGUUAUAUGGUCAUCGAAUGCUUCAGGUGCCGAUAUUGGUAGAAACAACACAUUUGGGCUACUAAUGGAUUCCGGCAAUCUUGUUUUGAGACACAGUAAUCAGACCGACUUGUGGCAAAGCUUCGAUCAUCCCUCCGACACACUCUUACCCAACAUGAGAAUUGGCUUGAAUCUAAAGACUGGCCAAAGCAUCAGUCUAACAUCAUGGACAAACGAAGAAGACCCAGCACCCGGAGAAUUUUCUUUAGGCGUCGACGUUCAGAGGUCUAUCCAUAUUUUUAUCUGGCGAAAGUCGAAUCCAUACGUGAGAGGCGACGUUUGGGAUGGUCGGCUGUUUCAAGGAGGAGCUGCGCCCACCGGCAACUACGCCGGCUUUAAUAGCUAUUUUGUCAACGACGAGUGGGUUUACAUGACAGUAAGUCUGUCACAGAAUUUGAACCUUUUGAGGUACAAGUUAGAUCAAAAUGGGCAACUCGUGACAUUUUCAUGGCUGCAAGACAAGAAUCAGUGGGAUGUGUUAUCAUCAGUGCCGCAGGGAUGUGAUUUCUAUGGUCGUUGCGGUCCGAAUGGCAGUUGCGAUCAAAAGAUUAAAAACAGCUCUUCCCAACCGCUCUGCAAAUGUUUGAUAGGGUUCGAGCCUAGAGUUGGCGAUGAGUGGGAUAUGGGAAACUGGUCUCGAGGCUGCGAGAGGCAAAGGGAACUGAGUUGUGACAAGACAAACGGGUUUUUGAGGUUCGAAAGAAUGAAACUACCCGAUCAUUCCAUCACACAGAGAAAUUUGAGUAUGCCAGAUUGUGAAACUGAUUGCCGGCGGAAUUGCUCUUGUACAGCUUAUGCUUUUAGUAAUUUUAGCGAUGGGUUUGCUUCUAUGUGUAUGAUUUGGGUUGCAGACUUCAUGGAUCUUGUGCAGGAUUAUUAUGGCGGAUUAGAUCUUUAUGUACGACUUGAUGGUUCUGAGUUAGCAGUAAAUGGUGGAACUACUGACGAUAAGAAGAGACGUCUGGUAGCAAUUGCAGUAGCAACAGUUGUUAGCGGAUUGUUUCUUAUCGGUGCUUUUGUUUAUGUUCUUUGGUGGGGUGGGGAAGAAAAAAGAAACAUUGAAGCUAACUACAACGAUUCUGAACUGCUUAUAAGCAAGAAUUGUGCUCCAGAGCUGUCUAUAUUCAGUUUUGGUAGUGUUCUGGCCGCUACCGACAACUUUUCUGCAACAAACAGAUUGGGAGAGGGUGGUUUUGGCCCUGUUUACAAGGGAUGCUUGCCUGAUGGUCAAGAAAUAGCUGUCAAAAGGCUUUCUAAGGAGUCUAAACAAGGAUUUGAGGAGUUUAUGAAUGAAUUAAAACUAAUUGCUAAGCUCCAGCAUAGAAAUCUUGUUAGACUCUUGGGUUGCUGUGUACAAGGAAACGAAAAGAUACUGAUAUACGAGUACAUGCCGAACAAAAGCUUGAACAAACUUCUGUUUGAUCCCACCAAACAAGCAUCCUUGGAUUGGCAUAAGCGUUUUCACAUCAUAGAAGGGAUUGCUCAAGGUCUUCUUUAUCUACACAAAUAUUCUAGAUUAAAGGUCAUCCACAGGGACCUAAAGCCAAGCAAUAUACUGUUGGAUGAAGAGAUGAACCCCAAAAUUUCAGAUUUUGGGAUGGCAAAGAUAUUUGGUUUGAGCCAGACUCAAGCCAACACUCGUAGAUUGGUUGGAACACAUGGUUAUAUGUCACCUGAGUAUGCCUGGAAAGGGAUCUUUUCUGAAAAAUCAGAUGUAUACAGCUUUGGAGUGCUACUAUUGGAAAUUGUAAGUGGUAAAAGGAACACAGGCAUGAACUCUACCAACCCAACGCCAUCCCUGUUGGGACAUGCAUGGCAACUGUGGAUAGAGGGUAGAGCUGUGGAACUUAUUGAUCCAUCAAUUAAGGAUUCAUUUCUUCCAAAUGAAGUUGUGAAAUGCAUUCAUGUGGGACUCUUGUGCGUCCAGGAGGAUCCAGUUGAGCGACCAACAAUGUCUUCAGUUCUUUCAGUGCUGAGCAAUGAAAUCGUGUCCUUGCCAUUGCCCAAAGAACCUACUUUUUCUGUAGUGAGAAAAUCCACUGCUGUUUCUUCGCCUUUGAACACACUUACAAACCAAUACUCCAUAAACUAUGUGACAAUUACCAUGGAAGAGCCCAGAUAGAUCUUCCAAAUUCACAAAUGCAUUAUAAUUAGUUCC